GAUAUAUCCAAGUAAAGGAUAUGGGGAGAAAAUGGACCUGAUGAUCUACAACAGUAAUAAAUUCAAGGAAGUUCUUUAUGAGACUGAAUAAAACCGUAUAUUAUAUAAAGUAAUGGAUAAUAGUUUACUCUUAUAAAAGUGUAUUUGAUAAAUAUCAAGAGGAGAAUAUAACCUUUUGUAAUAAUUUUGAAAAUAAGGAAAUGGAGAAGAAUUCUUCAACUGUUUGUAGAACAUGCCUUACUGAAAGGGGACAAUUCAUUUCAAUUUUCACUGAAUACAAAGAUGAAUAUAUAGAUUCCCAUUUUGCAGAAAUGUUAAUGUCUUACACAUCAUUAAAAAUAAGCAAGGGAGAUGAUCUGCCAGAUAAUAUUUGCGAAAAUUGUGCUAAUCAAGUAACAAAUUUUUAUCUUUUUAAAAGAAAAUGUGAAGAAUCUGACCGCUUUCUUCAUGCAAAUGCUAAAUCUGUGAUUGCAUGGAAUGGUAUGAAUGAUACUAUAAAAUUAGAAUAUAGAGAAGAAAAUGAGGUGGAAGACUUAAAGAAUAAUACUUUUCCUUUGGAUAAUAACAAACAAUUUGAAACUUCAUUUGUGCUCAAGAAAACAUUUGCAGAAUCUAACACAAAAAAUCUAAUUGAAAGUAAAAAUAUAAUUAAAAAAAUUAAAAUGAGGAAAGAAGUAUCAAAAGAGCAGAAGAAAACAGUUAUAAACUCCAAACAAAGAACUUUUGGUGAAAUUAAAACUUGCUCUAAUGAAUCAUUAAAAGUACUUAAUAAAUUUUCAUGUGAUACUUGUCAGAAAGAGUUUCGAAGUUAUGGGCUUUUGGUCAAGCAUAAAAAAUUACAUAGGCAAAGGUGGGAAUGUAAAAUUUGCAGAAUAAGGUUUGUUCGUAACAGCAUGCUAAAAAAACAUGAAGCUUCUCAUGCUGAAAUAGACAACAGUAAAGCAAGUACGAUUGAAGAAAACAAUUGUUUGAUUUGCAACAAAGUUUUCAAUGAAAAAGGAACAUACGAUGUACAUGUGACAACUCAUUUGGAAUUAAAAGAAUUUGAAUGCCGAAUAUGCCAAAAACAAUUAACAGAUCUGACUACUUUCAGUCAACAUGCAUCUUUUCAUUCUAGUCAAAAAGUACAUGUGUGUCAUAUAUGUAAGAAGAAAUUUGUAAAAAUUGAUCGUUUUAAAAAUCAUAUGAGUAUACAUUCCAAAAACAAACGACAUUUUUGCAAAAUAUGUUCUAAAGGUUUUAAUAAGCCAUCAAAUUUGGAAGAUCACAUUCGAAUUCAUAAUGGUGAGAAACCAUAUAAAUGUAAUAUUUGUGGAAGAGGUUUCAGUCAAAUGGGGAAUUUAAAACAACAUACAAACAGGCAUACUGGUAUUAAAGAUCAUCUGUGUAGUAUAUGUGAUAAAGGGUUUGCAAGUAAAAAAGAACUGAGCACUCAUAUCCAGAAACAUUCAGGAAUUCGACCAUUUGUGUGUUCGACUUGUAACAAAGGUUUUACGACAAACAGUUCAUUAAAGAAACACAAACGCAUUCAUUCCGGGGAAAAGCCGUACGAAUGCGACGUGUGCAAGGCGAAAUUUUCACGCUGCAGCGUUUUAACUAGACACAAACGUACUCACACUGGGGAACGACCGUACGUAUGCGAGUAUUGUGCGAAAGCGUUUGCGCAACUCAAUGAUUUGGUUUUCCACUUGCGAAUACACACCGGGGAAAAACCGUUCGUUUGUGAUAUAUGUGGCCAUGCUUUUAUAAGAAAUCCGUCUUUAAGAAUGCACAAACAAAAAGUGCAUAAAAUCAAUACAGCAUAAGACAAGAUCAGUGUUUUUAAAGAAGUGUAUAUAUUAAAUGUAGUAAUUCUGAUGUGUAUGCUAAAAAAUGUUAACAUCACUGAUGUUCUGUAUUAUUAAAGCUUUAAUUAGUUUUAUGAUUAGGUAUUUAUAUUAUAGCAUUAUAGAUUGUUAUUUAUUUAUAUAUUGUACUCGAAUCUGUCGUAUGUGUAAUAUUUCUAGAAAAAACAUUAAGAAAUUACAAAUAUAAACUUACAUGAAGUUUCU